CAAAGUAAAGAUGACAUGAAAAUAAUGAAAUGCUUGCCUAUAUUAUUAGUUUCACUCAGUCAUUGUUAUAUGUAUAUAUAACUGAUUUUUAUGUGAUAACAGUAGACGCUUGAACGUAUUAAGUAAAAAGACGGAGGUAUAGUUCACCGAACAUUGUCAAAGAGCAUUAUUUCUUAAGAAAAAAUGUACUAGAGAUGCUUAAGUAAUUUUAAAUCUCUUUUCUUGGAGUUUUCUCUUGAAAUUUGAAAUUGCUGCAAAUAUAGUAAUCAAUUUUUAAAGGGAUAAGCAGAAAAAAGUGAAAUAAGCAUCGUGUUGAAACCUCCAUAAAAACAAAUUAAUUUUCGACUGGAACGAUUAAACGUUGCUUUAAAAAAUAAUCAUUGUUAAUUUCUAACAAAUUAUUUCGGAGUAUAAGUUUUUAAAUAAAGUUAAAACUAUGAAAAAUAAUAUCAAGAAACUACUAGUAUCAGUGAUUUUGAUUGUUUCACUUCAAAGUAAUGUGAAUUCAAAACCGUUAUCUAAUAAUUUGGAUAAGACUAGUGCUUGGAUUGUUGACAGUAUACGGAAUGCGGUAGAUUGGGAUUCUAAAUCAAAAAGUGUACAAUCUACCUCCGAACAUGCUUUUAUAAAACUUGAUGCAAUAAAAGACCAUCCGCGAGAUGGCAGUAUUGUCAUUAAAGGAGACAGUUCAAUGCGUUUAUUCAAUCACACGGACAUCAAUCAUCCAAGUUUUGACCCUUCUCAUUUCCUAAAUCUGGCAAAAAACGAGUCCGUUCAGUCAGUCGAGGUGCAACCAGUUUCCGACCAGCCAUAUUUCAUGUUUAUCCAGCCAGAAUUACUGAAGGACCAUACAUUUGAAAGAUUACUAUUCGGUAACGUACAAAAAAGACGCCGACGAUUCAAACGACAUCAUCCGGGCAACACUGUACAGAACGUUCUUGGAGAAUUACAGAAUUACGCUCUCGUUCCAAUCAAAAGCAACAACGGCCAAAUAAGGUAUAUUUUGCUGAAGAAUCCAAAGUUUGUCAUCAGUAAUCCUUCAACCACUGGUGGAAUGAAUGGUCAGCUUGCACCAACAAUUAUACAACUCAAUUCGAAUAAUCAGGCUUCAGGGAUACCUGGUGGCAAGAUUCGAUAUACACCACGCACUCCCGCACAACCUGCUACCCAACCACCAUUCAGGAGAGUGCCCUCUGGGCGGCGACAGGCUCCCGUAGCAGUUGCAACACCAAUCGACUCUAUCUUCAACACCCAAAGUUCGGAGACGACAAGGUCCAACACAUUUAUUGAGAAGAUUAAGACCACAAAAACAACGAGAACAUCGAAACAGAGACGAAAAAUGCCCAAUAUUCCAUCUACAUGGGAACAAUUAAGGCGCAAAAAUAUUGCAAAUAAACAAAACAACCCUAAAAGCAAUACCGUGGGUGUUAAGCAAGGAUCCCAAAGUAUUCUUAAUAGCAAUAGCAAAAAUGGUAACUCAGUUAUCGCAUCGACAUCUACUAUCAAUGGUGGAAGCAGAACUGUACCUACCAAUGGAAUUAAUGCAAACCUAAUGAAAGAAAGCAGUCUGCCUAUUACGGUUAAUGAAUUGGACCCUAAAGCUAGUGGUGGAAUUCAGCAAAAUUCAGUUUUAAAUACUGACUUAUUAACCUUAGCUGAUGUAGCAAGUAUGAGUAACGGUAAUGCACUGAAUUCCGCUCCAAUCAGUGGCAUCGCCAAAACUGUUGAUGUUAUACCAAAUAUCAAAGCCAUUGCUUCGGUAAAUGCUAAUCCAGUGGAUAAAACUAACACGCAGUUAAUUAGCGAAACUAAAUCAAGUCAAGGUAAUGGAUUAAACCAAAUGCCAAUAGGCCAGUCAAAGACCACUAGCAUUCAACAAAAAUCUAAUUCAGUACUAGGUGACAAAAUAACGUCAUCUGCCAGCUCUGUAAAAGAGACAGCUGGUGGUUUAAAAGCUUCAGUGGCAGACACUACUUUGGCAAAACUUGAAGCUAAUGAAACAAAUGUCAACCAAACUAACACAAAGAAUAUAACAAUUACUAAAGUUGGUGACCAUCAUAAGAUUGAACAAACGGAAAUAGUUGAAACAGUGGUAGAUGUAAAGAAAAAUGCAACAGCAACUAAAACCGCAACAGCAUCUAGUAAAGUAUUAUCUAAUCCAAAAGCUCACGAUCAUAGUCAUGGUGGUCACGCUCAUGACCAUGGAAGUCACGCUCAUGACCAUGGAAGUCACGCCCAUGACCAUGGAAGUCACGCUGGUCACACCGAUCACGGUGCGCAUGGUGUAGCUGAAAGUCAAGGGGCAGCAAACACUGUUUCGGCAAACGCCGGAGCCGCUGAAAAAGCGACUGCGGAGAAAAAUGCACAAGUUAUAAAGAAGACAAAGAAAACCACGACAAUUUUGCUAAAAUCUGGCUCCGAAACUAAGUCAGGAAAAGCCGAAAUAUCAGAAAUUCAACACACUGUUGAAGAAAUGGUUCAUCAUAAUACGUCUGAAAAGGCAGGGGCCGAGACAGCGGCGUCAGCAAAUGUUGACGCUAAAACCGCUGUUGAUCCGCAUGCUGCUCAUGACCACUCUCAUCAUGACCAUGGGCAUGCGCAUGCGCAUGAUGCGCCACCGGUGAAAACCGAAAAAACAGCAAUAGCAGAAGCUAAAAAGGAAACGAACAGUACGUCAACAUCUGUGAAAACAAAAUCAGUAAAACAAACGGUAAUAAAAAAGAACGUUCCAGACCCCAAUACACCAGCAAGUAGUAAUUCAGCAUCACCGGCUAAAGCUGUGAACGGGACAGAAGUAGGUGGAGGAGGUUUUGAUGUUCAACACGUAGAGCACGUGGUCAGAGAAACAGAGCAUACAGUACAGCAAGAUAAAUCUCAAAUUUCGAAGCAUAAGGCUAACUCAUCUAGUGAACCAAGCCAAAAUCACCAUCAUCAUCACUAGGAUUGAUAAAGUGUACAUGAUUAUAUGAAUUUCCAGAUAAAUGAAGCUGGUAGCGGGCCACAGAAGACGAAGUUACUUGAUGUUGUUGGGAAACUAUAUGGUAAAGAUGAUGAUGCGCUUGUAACGUUAACAUUAGAGUAAAGAUAGCCAAUUUAUAUGAAUGCUGAGUAUUAUAACAUGGACGAUUAUAAAAUAAUUGAUGAAACGGAAGACGACAGUAAGCGAGUAUUGGAAGAGAAGGACAUUGAUUUUAUUAAAUAUGUAGCUA